AUGACAAAGCCAAGCUCUGGUGUUUGUUAUCGCAGAAUUUGUCAGCAUGGGCUUCUGGCAGUGUGUUUCUGUGCUGGUUGUGGCUGUGGUGUUUGACCAGACAAAAGCAUGGGGAAGUUUGGGUUACAGUCUGAGUCCAAGAGGCAUCAAGCUGCCAUCAGGAGUUGCACAAGACCCUCUUAAUUUUCAGCAGAAGCAGCUGAUGCAAGCUCCAGUGAAGCCUUUGACUUGGAGGUUUCCCAUUGUCCCAGAAGUGCCGAGCGAGGUGGCGGUCAACUUCCAGUUGAGACAACCUGUGACUCCCAGUAGUGUAGCCGUUCUAUGCAGUGAGAGCCAGGUUCAUGUGGAGGUACAGCAGGACAUUUUUGGUGAUGGUCAGCUCAUCCAGCCGUCUGGUUUGUCUAUGGGAGGCUGUCCUGUUGUUGGUCAAGACCCAAACGCCAAGGUUCUCAUCUUUGAAUAUGCGCUACAGGACUGCAACAGUGUGGUGAUGAUGACUGAGGAUGAGCUUGUCUACACGUUUUCUGUCACCUAUACUCCUGUGGCUCUCGGUGAUACUCUGAUUACACGUACCGAUAGUGCAGUUAUUGGUGUUCAGUGCCACUAUCCCAGGCUUCAGAAUGUAAGCAGUAAUGCCUUGAUGCCAGCUUGGGUCCCUUAUGCCUCAACGGCGGUUGGUGAGGACAUCUUGGUCUUCUCCCUGAAGCUCAUGUUGGAUGACUGGUCCUAUGAGAGGCCUUCAAACGUGUAUUUCCUGGGUGAUGUUAUUAAUAUUGAGGCGUCUGUGAAGGUGUACAACCAUGUCCCUUUGCGUGUGCUUGUGGACAGCUGUGUGGCCACCCAAGUACCUGAUGUAACCUCCCUUCCGAGAUAUUCCUUCAUUGAGAAUCAUGGGUGCUUUGUGGAUGCCAAGCUCACGGGUUCCAGCUCCCACUUCGUGCCUCGAUCCCAGGAUGACAAGCUCCGGUUCCAGCUGGAGGCCUUCAUGUUCCAGGACAGAUCUAGUCCAUCAGUAUGUAUUGAAUUUGGCACUCAUUCUGGUUUGACACCCUCAUCACCCUCACUGUAUGUCUCCUUGCAGAUCUACAUAACGUGUCUUCUGAAUGCCACCCUUGCUUCUACACCCAGUGAUGCUGUCCACAAGUCCUGUUCCUUUGCCAAUGGGUGGUUUGCUGCUGAUGGGAACCACCAGGUUUGCAGUUGCUGUGACUCAACAUGUGGCCCAGAUGCUGGAGUUGCAGCUUCUCCUCCCUUUGGUGGUGUCCAGUGGCAAGGCAUGGCUUCAUUUGGACCUGUAGUCGUUCAACAGCAAACAAAGACAGUAGCUGGUGUUUAAUAAAGAGUAGAAAACCUUUA